AUGGAAAACCCACAGACCGACCCCAAUAUGUCGUCGAGGCAGGAUGGCUUUAGCGGUGACAACAAACUUGCUACCAACAAGGCAAUGGCCUCCAGUGUCACCGACAAUCCUCGUGCAAUAAAACUAGAACACAACAGUUACACAGUCGGGUGGGUAUGUGCACUGCCAAAGGAGCAGACGGCUGCGACAGCAAUGCUAGAUGAAAUCCAUCCACAUCUACCAAAACCACCAAGCGACCCUAAUACUUACACCUUGGGGUGCAUCGGGAGGCACAACAUCGUUAUAGCCUGCUUACCGAAAGGCCAGUACGGCACGAAUUCAGCAUCAGCGGUUGCAACUCGAAUGGUAGGCACUUUCCCAUCCAUUAAGGUUGGCCUUCUGGUUGGUAUCGGCGGUGGCAUUCCACCAAAGGCCAGACUCGGGGACGUCGUGGUCGGUACGCCCGUUGAUCAGUGUUCAGGGGUGGUCCAGUGGGAUUCGGGCAAGGCAGAAGCAGAGGGUGGCUUCAAAAGAACCGGCGUACUAAAUAACCCCCCGACGGCACUGCUGACGGCAUUGACGAAGCUAGAAACGAUGCAUGAGAUGGGCGGACCCAAGAUACAUCAGUAUUUGGAUGAUAUGGAGCAGAAAUGGCCUAGAUUGAUGCCAAAGUAUACCAGAUGUGAUUCUCUUGUGGAUCCUUUGUCCGGUUCCGACAAUUGUGCUAGAGAAAGCCAACACGGAGAAGGACAUGUGCACUAUGGUUUAAUAGCGUCCGGUAACCAGGUUAUCAAGGACGCUCAUUUCCGUGAUAGUCUAAACAAGAGCCUCGGCGGGAAUGUGUUGUGUGUUGAAAUGGAAGCAGCUGGGUUGAUGAACAACUUUCCUUGCGUUGUGAUCCGGGGCAUUUGCGAUUAUGCGGACUCAAAAAGACUAAAGCUUGGCAAGAGUAUGCUGCAGCUGUUGCAGCGGCGUAUGCAAAGGAGCUUCUUGAGUAUGUCCAGCCAAGUGAUGUUGAUGGGGAGCGCCCAGUGA